AUGCAUCCAGGUGUUCUUGGUCUUCUUCACUUACAUUUCUUUGCAGGGAUGAAGGCAGAAAGCUUCCUGGAGUCGCUGAUGAUCCUCAGCCUGUUCCAGGCAUCUGUAUCCUCUUCCUAUGAUGUGGCGUUGGAGCUGUCGGACACAUCCCUGCUGAGCAGCGUGGCCGAGGCCCGGCAGCUGGUGGAUGCUGCCUACAAGCGCACACGGGAUCGCAUAAAGAAGAACCUGCAGAACAAUGCCUUGACCCCAGCAGAGCUCCUGAGAUACUUCAAGCAGCCAGUGGAGGGGACACGAUCGGCUGUCCGGGCAGCAGAUUAUCUGCAGACCACCCUGAGCCUGCUCAAAGAGAGGCUGCGAUGGGCUGUGAGGGGGGACUUCAAUGUCACAGACUUGCUGACUCCAGCUCAGGUGGAGGUGAUUUUCAAGGCCACUGGAUGUGACCAGCAGGAUAAGAAAAUAAAUUGUGUGUCUUCUGGCUACAGAACCAUUACUGGCGAGUGCAACAACAGGAGGAACCCAUCCCUAGGAGCUUCCAACACAGCCCUGGCCAGGUGGCUCCCAGCAGAAUAUGAGGAUGGUGUGUCCGUGCCCCGAGGGUGGACGGAAGGAAAGCGUUUCUCUGGAUUCCCGCUUCCACUGGUCCGACAAGUGUCCAAUGAGAUUGUCCGCUUCCCCCCGGAGCAGAUGCAGAUGGACCAGCAGAGAUCCCUCAUGUUUAUGCAGUGGGGCCAGUUUGUUGACCAUGACCUGGAUUUUAGCCCAGAAACCCCAGCCAGAGUCCCCUUCGGUGGAGAGAUAGACUGUGACACCAGCUGUGCCAAGGCACCUCCUUGCUUUCCCAUCCAGAUCCCACCCAACGACCCCAGAAUCACCAAUAGGAGGGAUUGCCUCCCUUUCUUCCGCUCAGCUGCCGCCUGCACGCGGGGCAGGGCGGUGCGGGAGCAGAUCAACGCACUGACCUCGUUCCUGGACGGCAGCGGCGUGUACGGCAGCGAGGUAGCUGUGGCUGAGCGGCUGCGGGACCGGAGCAGCCGGAGAGGCCUCCUGGCUGUGAACCGCAACUUCACGGACAGGGGCAGGGCGUACCUGCCCUUUGGGCCCAUGAGGAAGGAGCCCUGCCUCAAGGCCAGUGGGGCAGCUAAAAUCCCUUGUUUUCUUGCAGGUGACACCCGUGCGAGUGAGAUGCUGGAGCUGGCCUGCAUGCACACACUCUUCAUGCGGGAGCACAAUCGCCUGGCUGGAAAGCUGAGGAGCCUCAAUCCCCACUGGAAUGAUGAGAGGCUCUACCAGGAGGCACGAAAGAUCCUGGGAGCCAUGAUCCAGAUCAUAACCUACAGGGACUACCUGCCUCUCCUGUUGGGACACAGGUUCCGCAGGUUCAUUCCUCCUUACCGGGGCUACGACGAGUCUGUGGAUUCCCGGAUAUCCAAUGUCUUCACCUUGGCUUUUCGCUUUGCUCAUGCCUCAAUCCCUCCAACUGUUGGCCGCUUAGAUGAAUGUUACAGACCCAUAACUCCUGAAAUUCAACUCCGAACCUCCUUCUUUGCAGUCUGGAGGAUCAUUCAAGAAGGUGGGAUUGAUCCCUAUCUCCGCAACCUCAUGGCCAGCCCAGCCAAACUGAUGACGCAGCAGCAGAUGGUGGUGGGUGAGCUCCGGGACCGGCUCUUUGAGCAGGUUGAAAGGAUUGGGUUUGAUUUACCUGCACUCAACAUGCAGCGCGGCCGAGAUCAUGGCCUUCCAGGUUACAACUCCUGGAGAAAAUUCUGUGGGCUCUCACAGCCCACUGGAGUGAAGUCACUUGGUCGGGUGUUGAGGAAUCAGAACCUGGCAAGGAAGUUCCUGAAGCUCUAUGGGACACCAAAAAACAUUGACAUCUGGAUUGGGGCCCUUGCAGAGCCCUUUGUGAAAGGAGGCCGAGUUGGGCCUCUCAUGGCUUGUCUCAUUGGCACCCAGUUCAGGAACAUUCGUGAUGGGGACAGGUUUUGGUGGCAGAACCCUGGGGUUUUCACUCCUCGCCAGCGCUGUUCACUGGCCAAAAUCUCCUUGUCACGAAUUAUAUGUGACAAUACCCACAUCACUAAAGUGUCAAGGAAUAUCUUCCAUGCUAACAAAUACCCCCGUGGCUUUGUGAGCUGCCGUCAGAUCCCAAAGCUGGACCUCAGACCCUGGAAGUCAAAGAGCAUCAAGAAGCAAGAAAAAGAUUCUGAUGACUUGAAGUGCUGAAUGUUGAAGAUUUCCCAGAUGUCCAGCUGCUGAGGUGGAUUAUUAAUUUUUACUGUGUUUAUGCUUUUACUGCCUCCAGUGUUUGGGCACAGUUCUGUUAUUUGCUCCGCUUGAUUUGCAUGAAGCCUUUACAGUGGGAUGGAGCCCAGGAAUAAAAGAACUUCAUGAAGAGAUAUCCCAGCUCUAUGAAAUUACUCAGUAUCACAAAGCUACAUGAAAUGAGUUGUCCAGAGGCUGAUUCCAAAUCACACCAGCUGCUGGCCUAGGCCAUAGACCCACACAAUACUUCACCAAAAUUUACGGUCAAACGCGUGUUUUGGACAUUCCUUUUAAAAUUUUCAACCCCCACCGAAUGAUGGAGGGCAUUGGAAUGACAGUUGAUUUUUGUUAUCUGAUUUUUUUUUGUUUGUUUGUUUGAAAGAAAUAAAUCCUUCGAUUUCCAGAGAAAAUGUACUAAUGGCAGGAUGCCUUUGAGAGAAGAAGAAAUAGUUGUCCUGCACCCCAAACACACCAUCCUAAAAUGCCCUGUGUCAGGUUUUGCUCCAAUGUGGAAGGAAGAAAUCAGCCACGUGGAUGAGAGUUUUCUCACUAUUAUUUCCCCUAGUCCAGAAUGCCCAAACAUCCUCUGAUGUGACAGAAACCUGUGACAAGUUAUUCCUGAAGCCUGGCAUGAGCUAGAGUGACUCAGCACUGGCCUGUAGAGCUGGUGAGAUGUGGCCUGGUAAAG